CUUUUCCCUCUCUUCUCCACACCCGUUAAUCAUCUGACCUUUGAAGAACAGUAUAAGGUUAACGAGUUUAGGGUUUCGAUCUGUGGUCCGUCGGAGUUGGAGCUUUGAAGAACUGAUCUUGAUUCUCCACUUUGAAGGGGAUAUCGGAAUCGAGAUCAAUCGUCCGAUAUUAGAGGUGCAGAUUGGAAACCUUGGAAACCACAAAUCAAUCGUCCUGUCACUGGAUGAUUCUGUAAACAUCUACUUACUAAUGCACUAGCUAAUUUGGAGAAUCACGUUAAGUUACAACUUGUUGUAAUUGAUUAUGGAGUUGUUAUACCUAAAAAAAGAUAUCAAAGCCAGUUCAAAAGAAGGAAGAAAGCUCCAACCUUAUCUGCAGUUUUAUCUGCUCGUAGCAAGGAACCCAUUGUGGACAUUGAUGGAGGAGAUGAUGAUAAUCAUUUAGCAGCUGUGGAGUACGUCGAGGAUUUUUACAAAUAUUACAAGCUUGCAGAGAAGUCAAGCCUAAUUCAUGACUAUAUGGGGGCUUCACAACAACAAAUUAACGAGAGCCAUAUGAUGAUUCUUGUAGCCUAGUUGAGAUAAUGUGAAAAAAGUCAUGAUCCCAUUGCUGCUCUGAAUUACGUCAUUACCAUUAUGAUUUUAAUGUGAUGAUCCUAUUUGCUUAAAGGAUUGGAAAGAACACACGGAAGAGCUACAGUUUGAGGAAUAGAUUUCCUGGUUCUGGAAGGUACAUAUGAUUAUAGUAUAUGAGUUCUUUUUAUGUUACGUCAUGUGUUUUUCAGUGUCACUUUGAUGUUGGUUUUCUAUGUGAGUUUCGAUGGUCUUGAAGUUACCCAGUUACUCAAGAUCAUAAAGCUUUUACGCGGACACAUGUAAUCAUGUGUUGUGAUCUUAAAAUAUUUGCGUGAAGCCUAACUCUUUGAGUCGACCUCAAAGGUUUGAGAAUUUGAGUGUUUUGCAUCAGCUAAGAUGUGGGGAAAGUGGAUGAAUUGGAUAAAGCAAUUGUUGUGGCAUCUAGAUACCCGUACUGAUAUGGCAUUGAUAAAGUGGAGAUUGAGAAACGUAGAAGAUGGACUAAGAUUGCUUGCACUCAGGUGGGUUUUAUGAAGAAAGUUGUCGAAGCUGGAAAAUCUAAAAGUGCAAACGGUACCCGCCAGCUAGUCUAACUUACAUGAAUCUCUCGACAAAUCAUUUCAGAGGACGGAUUGCUUUUGAACUUCGGAGAAUUGACAAGUGCCAUCUUCUGUUAGAGCAUCAUCUUACCUUGAUUCUAACUAAUAACAAUUUUUAAGGGGAACUUCCGUUUCAAUUGACUUUGCCAUUAUGAACUUAAAUUCAGGGCUGAUAAGAGGAUCUUCAAAGACUUGUCUGAUGAUGAGUUCAUUGAACAGUUGAAGGAAGAAUUUGGUCUUCAAAACUAUGAAGUGACCCUAGUCUCGGGCCAAAUGGGUGUGUUGAAGAAGUCUGAUGUCGAUAGGUAUGAGUAGUCAUCUGAGGAAGUCAUCGUUACUCGUGGGCAAUUAGAACUUGGUCUUCGCUUUCCUUUAUACAACCCUGCUAGCCCUUUCUACUACGAGGUGUUGUCAUAGCUUUGUCCGCUUCGGGCCUUGACCCAGUGGAAUGGCAACACUUUCCGCCUGAUGAAUGAGUGUAGGGAGGCGAGGGUCAUGGAUCUAAGGCCGAUUGGUCGACAUAUAAGCCUGAAACUCCAAAUUAUACUUCUGCCAAUUUCUUCGUGAACUAUCGGAGCAGGACAACUACCAACGGCGACCUUGCUGGUUUUGCUGCUAGCCCUCAUCGUCUGAAGUCUAUGCCUGAGGGUGUUGAACGAUUGAUGUUAGAUGCUGAUCCCCUUGGUAAAGGCUCCAACAAGCGUGCUCGCCACACCAAUGACCCAUACUGGGACCGGGUUCCACUACUUGUUCGCGGCCAAAUUUUGCAUGGUAGCUUUCCUCCUCCUCAAUUUCCUACGGAGCCUUAUCCAUUCUGGGUGAUUAACGAUGAUAGGGUUAAUCCUCAGGGAGAGUCUACCAAAUCGGCUUCUAUUUCCAAGAAGAGAAGUGUUGGCACAAGGGUCGAGGAGGAUCAGGGGAAGAAAUUCCCUAGGCGCGAGGAUGAAGAUGUUGGAGGGUCCGAUACUCGUGGUAGUGAAAGUUUGGUUCCAAGGCGUAAUCCUCCUCGGAGGAAGGUGGCGGCAAAGGGCGUGGUGUUGAAAAGAUCGGACGUUGUAAUUGAUAUCCCCGAUCAAGAUGAUGAGGACGAUAUAUUCGGGGACGAUCAGCUGUUUGAUAAGGAUGUUGGUGGCCAGAAGGAACCGGAGGUUUAUGUGGAGAUUGCUGUUGUGACUCCUGUCGUGCAGUGUGGUGAUCAGGGGCCGACACAAACAUCACUCCAAAAGUUGCCCCAGAAGGAUGUUGGGUCUCCCUCGGGUGUUCAGACGUCAUUUACCAUAUCGGGCCCUAUUUGUGAUUCACUUGGCGCAUUGCACUCUAAGGAGUUCGGCUCCUAUACUGAUGAGAAGAUGAUUGUUGUUGUGCCCCUGUAUCGUGAUAUCGCGCCGGUCUUUGAUAAUUUGGCUUUGAAUCGAUCGAGGUUGGAGGCUUCGCUCCGUCGACAGGAGAUUAAGAAGUUGGAGGCUGCUCUUCAGCAGGAGAAGGAAAGAUCUCGUGAUCUGGAGAUCAAACUCGCCGAUGCGCAAGCCGAGCAGGGUCGUGUCAAGGAUCUGGAGCGAGAUGUGCAAAAUCUCAGGCAGGAGGUGGAGCAGUGGAAGAAGGCCGAAGGUGAGGUGAAGGUUAAGCUUCAUGCCACCGAGGCGAGGUCCGAGCAGCUUUCUCAGCAGAUUGUGGACGAGAGAAAUGCUCAUCAGAACGAGCUUGCAGAGGCGAUCAAUGCCGGUGUGAACGAGUACAUCGCGCAAAAGCGCCGCGAGGUUGCUCAGAGAAAGGGGGAGCCGGUGAUGUUCCACCCAGGGGUUGAUCAUGUCUUUUGUAGUGUUGCGCCACUAAUUUGACCUUUGUCGCGGGUUGUAAUUCGUUUGAACACUUGACCCAUGCUUCUUUGAAUGAGGUGCUGCGUCGCCAAGCUUGUUUUUCUUUUUUCUUUUCCUUGACAA